UCUUUCUUCACCAUCUCAACAACCAGCCAACAGGAUUGUUUAUCUUUUGAGAUUGAGAAUGCCAAUUCUCUCCCUUGUCUCCCCCGCCAACUUGGCAGCAACAAAUCCCCCCGCCAAAACCCUAAAGAAUCCCAAUUUCGAACCACUCAAGGACCGAUUAAUCAGUUUAUCCAAUGCGGGCCGAAUUCAAGAAGCACUUUCAGUCCUUGAUGUCAUGACCCAACGCCACCACCUCACCCCUGACCUCACUACCUUCUCCGUCCUCCUCAAAUCCUGCAUCCGAACCCGCAAUUUUCAACUUGGUAAACUCCUUCACUCAAAACUCAACCGAUCUGGAUUAAAACUCGACCCAAUUGUACUCAAUUCCCUCAUAAGCUUCUAUUCUAAAUGCGGGGAUUGGACUACAGCAAAAGCUAUAUUUGAUUCCAUGGGGGGCUUGAGGGAUUUGGUCUCUUGGAGUGCCAUGAUAUCCUGCUUUGCGCAUAACGGGAUGGAAUCACAAGCUUUGCUCACAUUUGUUGAGAUGCUCAUGCAUGGAGGACAGUACCCAAAUCAGUUUUGUUUCUCCGCCGCCAUCCAGGCGUCUUGUAACCGAGAUCAUGCUUUCAUGGGAGAGUCCAUUUUCGGGUUUGUGAUCAAGACGGGCUACUUUGAGUCUGAUGUCUGUGUCGGGUGUGCUCUCAUUGAUUUGUAUGCUAAGGGUUUUCAUGACUUGGACUCUGCCUGGAAGGUGUUUGAUAAAAUGCCUGAGAGAAAUUCAGUUACUUGGACUUUGUUGAUAACUAGAUAUGCGCAACUGGGACAUCAUAGAGAUGGGAUUGAAUUGUUUCCACGUAUGCUAUCUUGUGGGUUUAUGCCCGACCGCUUUACUCUGAGUAGCGUUGUGUCCGCCUGUGCUGAACUGGGAUUUAUGUCGGUUGGUCAGCAAAUGCAUUCUUGGGUGAUUAAGUCAGGUUUGUGUAUGGAUGUCUAUAUUGGGUGCAGUCUUGUGGACAUGUAUGCAAAGUGUGCAACUACUGAACCUAUGGAGGAUGCUAGAAAAGUUUUUGAUCGGAUGCCUAACCAUAAUGUGAUGUCUUGGACUGCGAUCAUAACAGGAUAUGUGCAAAGUGGAGGGCUUGAUGCAACUGCAAUUGAACUCUACUGCAAAAUGAUCACACAAGGUGAAGUCUUACCAAAUCAUUUCACUUAUUCCAGCCUUUUAAAAGCAUGUGGCAGUCUUUCAAAUCUUGAAAUCGGGAAACAAGUUCAUAAUCAUGCAGUAAAAUCUGGUCUCGUGUCUGUGAACUGUGUUGGCAAUUCUCUUAUUAGCAUGUAUGCCCGAUCUGGUAGCAUGGAAGAUGCCCAAAAAGCUUUUGAAUUUCUUCUCGAGAAGAAUCUAAUCUCUUACAAUGCCAUUGUGGAUGGGUUUGUCAAAAAUACGAGUUCUGAUGAAGCCCUUAAGAUGUUUAAUAAAUUUGAGGAGACUCAAACAGGGGUUGAUUCUUUCACGUUUGCCAGCCUUUUAAGCGCAGCAGCCAGUCUCGGUGCUGUUGGAAAGGGUGAGGAAAUGCACGCCCAGUUGGUGAAGUCAGGUGUUGAUUCAAACCAAAGGGUAUGUAAUGCUUUGAUAUCAAUGUAUUCUCGGUGUGGUGACAUAGAAGCAGCUGCUCGAGUUUUUAACAAAAUGGAUGAACGGAAUGUAAUAUCAUGGACGUCAAUUAUAACGGGGUUUGCAAAACACGGUCUAGCAAAAAGUGCUUUGAAAGUGUUCGAUAAAAUGCUUGAAGCAGGUGUGAAGCCAAAUGAAGUCACUUAUAUUGCUGUUUUAUCAGCUUGUAGUCAUGCUGGGAUGGUUAAUGAGGGUUUAAAACACUUUAGCUCAAUGUAUAGUGACCACAAGAUAACCCCAAAGAUGGAACAUUAUGCAUGUGUGGUGGACUUAUUAGGAAGGUCGGGCUCUCUUGAAAAAGCGGUUGACUUUAUUGACUCCAUGCCUUUGAAGGCUGAUGCUUUGGUAUGGCGAACAUUACUAGGAGCCUGCCAAGUCCAUGGUAAUAUAGAAUUGGGAAAGUUAUCUGCAAAAAGGAUCACUGAGCUGGAUCCAAAUGAUCCAUCUGCUUAUAUACUGUUAUCCAACCUCUAUGCUUCAAAGGGUCAAUGGGAAAAAGUGGUCAAAAUCCGAAAGACCAUGAAAGAAAGGAACUUGAUCAAGGAAGCAGGCUGCAGUUGGAUAGAAGCCGAAAACCAAGCUCACAAGUUCUAUGUAGGGGAUACAUGUCACCCCCGUGCACAUGAUAUAUACAAGGAGUUAGAUCAGUUGGUAAUUGACAUAAAGAAACUAGGUUACGUUCCUGAUACAGAUUUUGUUCUUCAUGAACUUGAUGAGAAAGAAAAAGAGCGAUACCUUGUUCAACAUAGUGAGAAGAUUGCUGUGGCGUUUGGGCUAAUAAGUGUGUCGAAAACGAAACCGAUAAGGGUGUUUAAGAAUCUUAGGGUUUGUGGAGAUUGUCAUACUGCAAUGAAGUAUAUAUCAGUGGCAAGGGGGAGAGAAAUUGUGGUUAGAGAUUCAAAUAGAUUUCACCAUUUUAAGAAUGGCUCAUGUUCUUGCAACGAUUAUUGGUGAUGAUUUCCAGGCGAAUUUAGCUUUUAAAAGAUGCAACUUGAAGAUGCCAAGUGUUUCAUCCAUGGCUGCCUCUUCUAGUUGCUGGUGUAAGUUGGUGAACAUAUGGAUGUAUGUAAAUUUCACUCUAUGUAUCUAUUAACAAUAGAGGGAAAGAUUAUCAUUAUUCAAACAUGUUAGUUUAACAAUAAGCAAUAUACAGAAAACUGUUACCAUUAA